AUGAGAUUCAACAGAACCCUCUUUUGGCUCUCUGCCUUUGUCAUUUCUCUCUUUUCUAUCAUAGUUGUUCAUCAUACCACGCCACCUUCCCCCACCGCUACCACUGCCAUUACUCCUCAAGAUAGUUUCAAUUCUCAGCUAGGUAUACUUAGUAAGAUUAUAAAGAUUAGUGGUGUUCAAGACUUAGUGUCCUUAUUGCUAACAAGUAUUGCUUGGGGGAGACAUCAUCAUCGGAAGAGGCAUAAGGACAUAUGUAACAAGACCAAAUGGGCUUCUAGGCUUACUCCAUACUAUAAUGUGACUCUUGUUUUCACGGUUGACUUAAAGGGUUGUGCUAACUUCAGUAGCGUGCAGAAAGCAAUAGAUGCUGUUCCUGAAUCUAGCUCUGAUAACACCCUUAUUAUCAUCGAUUCUGGUACAUACAGGGAGAAGGUAGUGGUGCAGGCAAACAAAACAAACUUGAUACUUGAAGGUCAAGGUUACCUUAAUACAAUCAUAGAAUGGAAUGACACUGCUAAUUCCACCGGAGGGACUUCCUAUAGCUACACGUUUGCCAUCUUUGCUUCUAAGUUCACGGCUUACAAUAUCAGCUUUAAAAACACAGCUCCUAGGCCGUUACCGGGAGAGGUUGGGGCACAGGCAAUUGCAUUGACAGUUACAGGUGAUCAAUCCGCAUUCUAUGGUUGUGGGUUCUAUGGUGCGCAGGACACACUCAAUGAUGAAAGUGGGAGACAUUAUUUUAAAGAAUGUUUCAUACAAGGAUCCAUUGAUUUCAUAUUUGGAAAUGCUAGAUCACUUUAUGAGGAUUGUAUCAUAAACUCUAUAGCAAAAGAAGACUGGGUUGGGGUUAGUGGGUCAAUCACAGCACAAGGGAGGCAAACAUUGCAGGAGCAAAGUGGGUUUUCUUUUGUAAAAUGUAACAUUUUGGGAAGUGGCAAAGUGUGGCUUGGUAGAGCAUGGGGAGCAUGUGCCACUGUGGUCUUCUCAAGAACAUACAUGUCUGAUGUCGUAGCUGCUGAUGGAUGGAACGAUUGGAGAGAUCCAUCAAAAGACCAGAGCGUCUUCUUUGGGGAGUACCGUUGUGUGGGACCUGGAGCAAACUAUGCAUCUAGAGUCUCUUAUGGGAAGCAACUCAGAGAUUAUGAAGCAAUCUCCUACAUGAAUAUUUCCUACAUUGAUGGAAAUGAUUGGCUUGUUAAUUAUUUUCAAAACUAUGCUAACCAUUCAUGGAGUUAG